GACGUCUACACCGAGAUCAACACAAUGGUCACUGUAGUUCUAACUGAUGUAAGCUUUAUGACCAACACGCCGGUUAUUACCGAUCAGGCAGAGGAGCAGGAUGUUUAUGAGGGUUAUUCGAAUUUCGUCCAAUCCCUCCUCGAACUCAUGGACGCUUUCUCCACCAGCGCAACUCUACUAGAAUCCAUUGAUGCAGUCACAAAGUAUAAAGUUCCCUCGGAAGUUCGCGUGCUGGAGAGUGCUGUUGAUGCGUACUUCUACAACAUCAUCGGCCUCUUCCCAGCCAAUAGCUCGUACAACGCCCAGGCCAACAACCAGAAAGCUCAAGUCGAUACGCAUUGCUUCCAGGCUAUUUGGGCUUUUGAUCUCGAUGAGGGGAAUCAGUCGCGUAGUGAUGCCUCGCUUCAUUCGAGGUGGUUGAGGCGGGCGGCUGCAUGAGAGAGGGGGUAUUAUGUUGGGGG